CAUCUGCUCGGAUGUUCGGGUGCUUGCACGCCGCCACAAAUCGGGCGCGUUGUCCCUUGCUGUAGUCUCUGCCUGGCGGAAGUCAGAAAUCCUCCUGAAUGGAAUGAACACGCCGCUUUGCCUGCACGCAGCAAAAUUCCAAACGCUGCAGAGCGCCGGCAGCCGCUGGGCUGCCCGGGGUUUGGUGCGGGAGCUGCGCAGGCAGAGGAGGGCUGGACAACAGCGUUGGUGGGAGCAGGAAAUUACGGUGAAUGGAAAUAUUCAAAAGGGAGAAUUAAUUACCUACAACCUAACUGAGCUGAUCAAGCCAGAGGCGUAUGAAGUCCGUCUAACGCCCAUCACCAGAUUUGGGGAGGGGGACUCAACUAUUCGGGUCAUCAAGUAUAGUGCUCCAGUAAAUCCACACCUACGAGAGUUCCACUGUGGGUUUGAGGAUGGUAACAUUUGCCUUUUCACUCAAGAUGACACGGACAAUUUCGACUGGACAAAACAAAGCACUGCCACUAGAGACACAAAAUAUACCCCGAACACGGGGCCAAACGCAGAUCGGACUGGCUCCAAGGAAGGUUUCUACAUGUACAUUGAGACGUCACGCCCCAGGCUGGAAGGAGAAAAGGCCAGACUUGUUAGUCCUGUUUUCAGUGUCGCUCCAAAAAAUCCUUACGGAGCUACGAACACAGCCUAUUGUUUUAGCUUCUACUAUCACAUGUAUGGACAGCACAUAGGAAGCUUGAACGUUUACCUGCGGUUGAAAGGUCAGACCGCGAUAGAGAACCCAUUGUGGUCUUCAAGUGGAAAUAAGGGACAGCACUGGAACCAAGCCCGCGUUAAUAUAAACCCCCCGACUUCAUUUCAGCUCAUAUUUGAAGGGAUCCGCGGCCCCGGCAUCGAAGGUGAUAUUGCUAUUGAUGAUGUAUCAAUUGUGGAAGGAGAGUGUAUGAAAACAGACCAACCGGCCAACAAUUUACGAUCAGGUGCUGUUGGGACAUUAGCGCAUAUACGACUUAUCCCAGUUAUCAUCCUCAUGUCUGUCUUAAGUCAUCAGAGGUGACCUUAUCCUGGCAGAGGCUACAAAAGAUUCACCAGGCACUGGCAUGAAGAAAGAGUCUUUGUAAAAUGGACAUUUAAAAACAAACUACCAAAGAUUCCUCCACUGACUGACUCAAAAGUUAAAUAAAUACAUAAAUAAAUAAUUAAAAAAAAAUUAAAAAGCACUGGGGACAUAAAAGGCAUCACAGGAGUGUAACUCACUAUGAACUACGUGUGAGAACGAGAUCUGGCCUAAGUAAGGAAGAGACCUUCAGGUGCUUUUGUGGUCAAUAAUGAAUACAGCAUCAUCUGGUUGAACUCUCGGAAAAGAGCUAUAGAAACCCUUGUCAAAGCACAAAGUCAUGGCUGGGUUUGUUUCAAAUGAAUAGUUUGCUUGUUACCAUGGAAACCUAAUGGCCUGCCAAAAAAAAAAAAAAAAAGGAAGGAGAGAGAGAGGAAAUAAAAACAAAAACAGAGAGAGAGAAACACCUCACUGUAAACAGGGUAUGUGAAGAGCUGGCAUUCAUUUUCCCCUCAAGAAGGUUUUUAGUAUAGAGUUAAAUAAAUGUAGGCCCUUUCUACUUUGGCUGUCACCUUCCCUAGAGAAUAACCCUAAAUCAGAGCUGUUUAAAGACAUUUCUGUUUCAUUUCUCAUGGCUAUGCUUGAUAACUGUAUGCUGUCUCCUUUUGCAUGCAUUACUAUCCAGGAUGUGCGACCUGGGCUUACAUAUUACACAGGCUUAUCGGAG